ACUUUGAUUCCAGACCUGGGAUGGUCCCCCAGGCACCACCAGGAGUGAUCCCUGAGUAAAAAACUAAAAAUAAACCCUGAGCACAGCCAAGUGUGGUCCCAAAAUCAAAUAAAUAGAAACAACUUGUGAGUGAUUAAGGAAUUCUGAGUUGUCUAUAUGAUGUAACAUUUUCAAAAUUUGAUUAAUGACGAUCAUUUGCCUCAUUUCUCUCCCCUUCCUCUUUCCUAAGACUACCACAAAGAUGUUUGAUAUCAAGUCUUGGGCUGCAUAUGUUGUGGAAUGGGCUGCGAAGGAUCCCUAUGGCUUUCUUACAACAGUUAUAUUGGCCCUUACUCCACUGUUUCUAGCAAGUGCAGUAUUGUCUUGGAAAUUGGCCAAGAUGAUUGAGGCAAAAGAAAAGGAGCAAAAGAAGAAACAAAAACGACAAGAAAAUAUCGCAAAAGCUAAACGACUAAAAAAAGAUUAAAAGAAUAAACAAGGUUCUGUAACCAGAGGAAAAUCAUUUUGGAAAAUUAUGCAGCUUUGGAGGGACCCACUGAGGCUUCUUUCCUCGAUUUUAUGAGGCGGUUACUUAAUAAGUGAAGUCUGAACAUAUGGAUGAUCAUCAUGUUCUAACCACCUACUGUAGCAUCUUUGAGGCUUCCUGUUGAAGUCAUUGUAAAUACACAUUUAUUAUGCCUACAAUUUCUUCAUAAUUGACUUAGUCAGCUGCCAUUUUGUAGCUUCUUUAUUGACAUGAAAACAUCCAGUUGAGAAAAAAUGAUUUUUGAUUAUGAACAAUAUUCAAAGAAUGGCUUUAAAUGGGUUCCUGUUCUGGACAAAAAAAUGUGGAAAAAAUAAAAGAGAACUGAUCUGAGGUGAAAGUAUGCUAUAGCUGAAAAGAUAAAGUUUAUUAACUAUAUCUUUUUGUGUUUGCUUAUUUCUUAGAAUAUAAUAAUUUCUGGCUUUCUCAAAGCAAAUAUUAAUCAUGAGUACUUCUAUUUUUUGCAUUUUCUUUAAGAUACUAGUAAUGAUCAGACAUAAAAGUAUUUUAAAUCUAAUUUUAUAAAGAAAUACAUUAUUUUGGCCAUGUAGAAUAUCACCUACCAGGUAUGGUAAUUUUUGUACUUAAAGUAAGCACUGCCAUUUUUUUAGAGAUGACUUUGUUGAGUGAUAUUAUGACUUAAAGCUUUCAGGAAGGGGCUUGGGAUGUACCUCAGUGGUAGAACUCUUGCUUUGCGUGCAUGAUACCCUGAGUUGGAUCCCUAACACCACAAAAAUUAAAAAAGUAAAAAUAGAACUUUCAGGAAAGAUGCCAACCAAGCCUUGUAGUACCUUGAGCCAAUUCCUACUUGUGCUAGUAAUAGUAGUUAAAAUGUCUUAACAAUAAUAUAUCUGACUGUAUAGAUACCUCUUUUUAUUUCGUUUAUUGAUAAAACUCAUGUAGUAGUCAUGUUCUUUAUUUUUGUAUCAAACAGGUUCAUGGAGUAAACAUUUAUAAAAUUUACAUCUAAGGGGUAUUUAAAGAAUAGCAGGUUAGCCAUUCACCAAGUGUCAAAAUCCGACUUCAAAUUUGAAAAUAUUUGCUGAGCAGAACUAGUAGUUGGGUGAAAGCUAAAUUAUGCCAAAAUGAAAAGGUGUUCUUGGAAAUAAAGAGCAAAGAAUGGAUAUUUCAGUUAAGCAAUAUAACUUUUUACCAUUAAACCUGUUUUAUAUAUGCAUGGUCUAAUUUUAUUCAUGUCAGUAUUUAAUAGUUUAAUAACGUCUUCCGUUCCUAUAAUAAAUUUUAAAUCACAAGAAUUCAAGUUUAAUUUUUAAAAUGAAACUAGAUAUUGAAAUAAAUUUGAUACUUUUUUAAUAUAAA